GUUCCAGUGAAAUUGGUCAUUGUGAUUAGUAACAAUCUGAAAUAUACUAAUAAAGGCGCUGACAGUUAUGCACUGGAUAUAGCCAAAAAAAUUCGAAAUGAAAAUGUUAACGCGCCAAUUUGCAUUAUUGAUCAGCCGGAAAAUCGAAGAGAAUACAUCAAUGUGAUAGGGAUGCCCAAAGUGUUAUUGUUUUACGGACCUGACGUAAAAGCAUCGACCCUUUUAGUAGAAAAAAAUGAUACCAGCGAUAUUUUGAAAACAAGAUUUGAGAAAUGGAAGGAGGAAUUGCUCUUCCUUAACAGUCAUCAAGUAAUAGCCUUUCAUUUUACUGUGGUCAAUGGAACUGAAGCGGAGGAUAGCGAAGAAAUAUUCAGUAAUACAUUCCCAGAUAUUCCGCUGAGUACGUUACGUUUACUCGAUAAAUCAUCGUUGACUGGAGUUGACUAUCAGGUUGAAAAAAAGUCUGAUUUCUAUAUCGGUCCCGUGUAUGCCAUUGUUGGUUUUCGAAAAUUUGGUGAAGAAAAUCCAGUUGCGGAAGAUCUCUCCGAGGAAAACAAUUGAUUUUUAUUAUUGAUUGACUGUUUCAUAGACACAGUUCAGAUAAAUCUCGACAAGUCUCGAUCAAUUGUUUUGUCAGCAGUUAGAGCCAUAAAGAUAUUUUUAUGAAGAUGUGAUAAAUAUCUGGCAAUAUAUAAAAACG